UUCACCUUGUUGACAAAUCAAAUCAACAUAAACACAUGUUUUUUGUGUAUUCAGAAUUCGACUGAAAUGGUGAAGACUUAAUCAAAAACACAAAAUGGGUGAUUCAGCAAUUGUGGUCAAAGCGAAACCUGCAAGAAAAGUAUUCAAAGCGAAAAAAAUCACCAAGGUUCCGGAUUAUUUUCUCCAGGAUCCCAAAUUGAAGUCAGCUAUCGAAGCUCUUCCGAAUAAUUAUUCGUUCGAAAUACCAAAAACCUUAUGGAGAAUAAAGGAAACCAAUUCAAAAGUUGUAGCACUACAAAUGCCUGAAGGGUUGCUCCUAUAUGCUACAACAAUUGCUGAUAUAAUCGAGGAAUUCACCGAAGCAGAAACUAUCAUAAUGGGCGACGUUACUUAUGGAGCUUGUUGCAUUGAUGAUUUAACUGCAAAGAGCUUGGGAGUUGACCUUCUUGUCCAUUAUGGUCACAGUUGCUUAGUGCCGGUUGAUCAAACUAAAGGAGUGAAUGUGCUGUAUGUUUUUGUGGACAUUAGUAUUGAUCCUCUUCAUUUCUUGGAAACUAUAAAAUUUAACUUUCCUUCUGGUUCUAAGCUGAGUUUAGUUAGUACAAUCCAGUUCCUAGCUACUCUACAUAACAUUGCAAAUAAACUAAAAGAAAUUGGCUAUGACAUAAUCCUCCCACAAUCGAAACCCUUAUCUGCUGGAGAAAUCUUAGGAUGUACUGCCCCAGUCUUACGUUGUACAGAUGCAAUAAUUUAUUUGGGGGAUGGAAGAUUCCACUUAGAAGCAAUCAUGAUUGCAAAUCCUAAAAUAAAAGCAUAUAGAUAUGAUCCUUAUGAGAAAAGUUUCACUCAAGAACAUUACGAUUAUGACUUGAUGAACUCGAUAAGAAAAAAAUGUAUUGACGAUAGCAAAAAUUGUAGUAAAUUUGGUGUUAUUAUGGGAACUUUGGGUAGGCAGGGAAAUCCAAAUGUAGUUGAACGAUUGAGAAAGCGCUUAGAAGAAGUUGACAAAAAAGCAGUUGUCAUUAUGUUGUCAGAAAUAUUCCCAAAAAAGUUAGAACUAUUCCCGCAGUUAGAAUCUUUUGUACAGAUUGCAUGCCCAAGGUUGUCGAUAGAUUGGGGUAGAUCAUUCAGCAAGCCUCUCUUAACUCCAUAUGAGUUGUCAGUUGUUAUCGGUGAUUCGCAGUGGCAUUCUGAGAAGAGUUAUCCGAUGGACUUUUAUGCCUCCGGUAGCUUGGGUCCAUGGACUCCUAACCACAAACCAGGAGAAAUUAAUACCGAAAAAUGUUGUGGAAAGUGUGGAUGAAAAUAUUUUUUUAACACGACAGCAAUAAUUGUUAUUACCAUGAACUUGACUGGUUCUAUUGAUGGUCUUCAUAAAAUUGAAGUGCAAAUAAAUAUUUAUUGUUAUAAUUACCAGAUUUUAAUUUU